AUGGAUGAAUACUCGAACUAUUUGAGGUGGGUGAAGAGCAAGAACAUCAUGCAGCAAGCCGGGAAGUCAUGGGAAUCUCAAGCAUUUGGUACUGGUGAUGAAGAUCAUGGUCUGAGUGGUCCGUUUGGAGGACUAGUAUGGCCGCCAAGAUCCUAUUCAUGUGGGUUUUGCAAUAGACAGUUCAGGUCUGCUCAGGCACUUGGAGGCCACAUGAAUGUUCACAGAAGGGAUAGAGCUAGACUCAAACAGGAUCAACAUGAUCAUGAUCAAGAAUCAGCAGCAACCCGUGAUCAUAACAACAACAACACUAAUUCAUCGAGCUAUAAUGUUGUUGUUAACUCUUCUUCUAAUAAUUCUUCGUCUCCAAUAUCAGAGGAUCAGGGAAUUAUUAUUGAUGAUCAAAAGGAUGGCAAUUUGAAGAGGAUGAGGAGGAGGAUCAGGAAGAGAGAAAAAGAUGUAAACUUGUGCAUUGGAUUGAGCUUGGGUAGUACUAGUACUGGCCAUGGGGAUCAUGUCAAUAUUGAUGAUCGUGAUCUUCAGGUCGACGUUAAGAGAAUGAAAGUCAGUACUAAUACUGUAAUACCAACAUUGCCAUUCUUUCGUCAACCAUGCUCAAGAACAUCAUCGUCUGCUCAUCAUCUUGAGGCUACAAUCAGGAUUAAUGGUGAAGAUCAUUUGGAUCUUGAGCUCAGGCUUGGCAAUCUCUAUUAA